AGGUUCAAAUUUUGUGUUGAUGCCACUGAUGCCAGCUGAUGGCGGAUCCACUGUCACUGACACUGUCAGUGGUUCUGAACAGCCGUUAGAAGUUAGAACUAGGAUCUAGAUCUAGUUUUCAGUGGUGGAAGUCUUAUCAGGUCUCCUGAAUGGCUGAUGACGAUAACGAUGACGAAGAACUUAUUACUCGUCGAAGGUCUCGAGGAAAACGAAGCAAGAGAAUGGCCAAGAUUCCAAAUAGCACAGUAAACAGUCCUCAUUUACUCAAGAUUCCUGUGGAAGAGAUGACGAGUCCUGUUAACAAACAGGGAUUUGAGGUUGACCAGGAAUCUGAUUUUCUAAAUGAAAGUGACUUAAUUCUAGCACAAUUAGAUUUUGAAAAUGAAUUGGAAGAAGAAUACAGUGACUCUUCUCAUAGGAGUAGAAAAAGAUCAAUACCCUUGUCAUCCAUGGAAGUUCAGAACCGCAAUCAUAGUAAAAGACAGUUGUGUCAGCCAGUGAGUGACAAAAACAUUAUAAAUAAAGACAGUAAAGAUUUUCAAGUGGAUGUGAACUGUGAAAAUAAAGGUGGACCUGAUAAAGAGAUAGUUUCUGACAGCAGUUCAGUCCUUUUCCACAGUCACGGGGAGGAUUGUGAUAAGAAACCUUUGUUAUGUGAUGGAGACAUUCAUGAUGAUGAGAAAGAUCUUUUUGAAGAUGAAGAUGACUUCUUUUAUCCUCUGGAUUUAUCACACUUGGAAAGUUCAGAAAAGUCACAAACAGAUCACAGGGAAGAGUCCCCUGGCCACAGUGGAAAGAGGUUUCACAAAGUAUCUUCAUCAAAUAAUGUAAUCGUUACCACUUCAAGUGACAAACGAGAUUCAUCUGCUUUACCUGCAGAUGUUGUAUCAUCUAGUGAAAUUCAGAAUUCAUGCUUGGUUGCCAAAAUAAGUGUUGCUGAAAAAGAUGUAAGUGUGGUUAAUAACUCCAGAAAAAAUGUAAGUGAAGUUGAUAACUCAGGAAAAUAUGUAAGUGCAGUUGAUAACUCAGGAAAAGAUGUAAGUGUAGUUGAUGCGUCAAUGUCACUGAAAGACCGGCUCAAGCAGAGGCUGCGUCAAAAUGCUGGGGUGGCUAUCGUGAAACGGAAUCUUGAAGAAGAAAUACGGUCAGAGGCAUUGGUGAAAGCUCGUCUUGAUGCCUCUCAGAUCAGGAAGGAAGGUGGAAAGGAUGAUAUUGGACCCUUCUAUGGACUCCCAGUCAAGGUCAAAGAGUUGUAUGAGAGCCUCAGGAGAAUCAAGAAACUCUAUGAUUGGCAGCAUGAAUGUUUACUGCUACCAGCAAUACAAGCUCAUCAAAAUUUGAUAUACACCUUGCCGACCAGUGGUGGAAAAACCUUGGUUGCUGAGAUCCUCAUCAUGAAAGAGUUGUUAUGUCACCAGAAAGAUGCUUUACUCAUUCUUCCCUUUGUCUCCAUUGUGCAGGAGAAGGUCCAAACAAUUUCCGAAUUUGCAACAGAGCUGGGGUUCCUUGUGGAAGAAUAUGCUGGUGGCAAAGGACGGUUCCCACCUAUCAAGAGGCAGACAAAGAAAUCCUUGUAUAUAGCUACUAUGGAGAAAGGCCAUUCCCUCAUCAACAGCUUAAUUGAUACUGAGAGAAUGUCUUCCUUGGGUCUCGUUAUUGUUGAUGAACUUCAUAUGAUCGGAGAAGGUGGCUCAAGAGGUGCAACACUGGAGUCAACACUGCUGAAACUCCUUAAAUUCAAAGAUGUCCAGAUAGUAGGGAUGAGUGCCACCCUCAACAAUCUGCAGGACUUGCAGGCUUUCAUGAAGGCUGAGGUGUACCACAAUGACUUCAGGCCGGUUUCCCUUCAGGAGUAUGUGAAGGUAGAGGACAACAUUUUCCAUGUUAACAACAAAGCUCUUAGCGCUGAUGAGAAGCUACAACACGAUAAAACAGUUACAUUUCCAUAUUCUUCAGAGGUUCUCAAACAAGAUCCUGACCACUUACUGGGACUUGUUCUAGAGGUGAUCCCUCAACAUUCCUGUCUUUUGUUCUGCCCCACUAAGAAGAAUUGUGAGAACGUGGCGAUGAUGCUGAGCAAAUUGAUGUGCAACUAUCACAGACAUCUUACGGAUGUGAACAAAGUCAAAAGGAAAGAGCUUCUAGCUGAGCUUAAGCAGAAUGGCAAUGGCAUGCUGUGCCCGGUGCUGGAGUAUACGGUUCACUUUGGCAUUGCCUACCACCACAGCGGCCUCACGGGGGAUGAGCGGAAAGUUAUCGAGGAGGCGUACGCAAAUGGUGUCUUGUGUCUGCUCACCUGCACAUCCACAUUGGCUGCUGGGGUUAAUCUGCCCGCAAAAAGGGUGAUUCUCCGGAGUCCACACAUUGGCAGCUGCUUCAUUAAGUACAGUCAGUAUAAGCAGAUGGUGGGCCGAGCUGGACGAGCAGGUAUUGACAGCUCCGGAGAAAGCAUUCUCAUCGUCAAAAGACAGGACAGAAUGAAGGCUAAAGACCUGUUCGCUGGACCACAAGACUUCUGCUACAGCAGUUUGGGUCAUGAUGAUGGAACAGGUGUCCGCUCCCUUCUUCUUUCCUCCAUCGGUCUAAAGCUGAUCACUGACACAAAGUCAGCAUUUGACCUGGUGAAAAGUUCCUUGUUAAACAUUCAAGCUGAGGAGCUGGGAGUUGAUGUGGAAGCUCUGACCAGGGAUGCACUCAAGUGUCUUCGGGAUGAGAACCUGAUCUUGGAGAGUGGAAAUGAUUCGGAUGAGUCAGAGAGCUCUAGUCAUUUGCAAGUGACUUCCCUGGGAAAAGCCACAUUUAAAGGAGCAGUGAAUCACACCUACAGUAGUCAGCUGUACAAUGAUCUGAAGCAAGCGGAGGAAUCCCUCAAUCUGUCCACACACUUACACCUGCUCUAUCUGGUCACUCCUUAUGACGCUGCUCGGGAUGUCAGCCCAGACUGGAACAUCUAUUUGAAUCAGUUCUGUAAGCUGUCUGAGAUGGAAUUGAAAGCUGCAGCAGCUGUUGGGGUACCAGAGAGCUACAUCAACUUGAAAGCUUCUGGAAGGCGGCCCAGAAAGAAAGUGAGUGAGUUGACAGUCAAGAGGUUUUACCUGACUCUGAUCCUGUGGGAUCUGUGGAACCAGCGUUCCGUCUGGGACGUCGCUGACAGAUUCUCUCUGCCUCGGGGAUAUGUGCAGAACCUCCUGGCUCAAGCUGCAGCUUUUGCUUCAUGUGUGUUCCACUUUUGUCAGGAGCUGGAGGAGUUCUGGGCAUAUCAGGAUCUCAUGCAGAACUUUGUGAAAAGACUUGGCUACUGUGUCACAACAGAGCUGGUGCCUCUCAUGGAAGUUCCUGGAGUGAAACUGGCAAGGGCCAAACAGUUGUUUGCUGCUGGAUACAAGACGGUGUCACAGCUGUCUUUUGCUGAACCAACGGAUUUGACAAAGCAUAUCGAGCAUUUGAGCUUACGUGCGGCCAGACAGUUGAUAUGUGCAGCCAAGAAUGUUUUAGAAGAAAAAACUGCUGUGCUGUUGGAGGAAGUGGAGAAUUUGGUGGCUGUACCAGGUGGAACAUUGAAUACUGGAUCCACAGAAAAACCAAUUUAAGACUGACCUUUGUAAUGAGUCAAAGGCCCAAAUGUUCGUUUCUGCAUCAGUACAGUAAUCUCCGCCUAAACGCACGGUGCUCGGGAGAGCUCCUUAGCAUGUGUUUACAUGAACCUUUGCAAAGGGAGGAAUUGA